ACGAAACUAGCAAAUGCUUACACAAGUACAGACUUAUUGUCUGAAAUACGGACGAUCAAUCGCUACAUGAAGUCUGCUGACAAUGGCAUCGCCGCAGAACGUGUCUGUUGACCAGAUCCGGCAGAUUCUGUCCGAGAUAAUUGACGCGCUGGACUCCCCUGAUUACUCGUGUAAACUGGACGAAGCUAAGGAAGCCGCGGGCAAUGAGAUGCUGAAAAUGAUGCAGAUUGUGUUCCCCAUGGUCGUCCAGAUCGAGAUGGAGACUAUCAAGCGACAUGGCUUCAGUGGUACCCGGGAAGGUAUAGUGCAGUUCACUCAACUAAUCCGUGAGACGGAGAGUCUUGACGCUGAAGUGUCCCGCCUCCACAACCAGAUCCGCAGCCACUACCUGCCACCGGUCUCCAUCAGUUCCACUGUGGACACGUCUUUGUAAUUUGGUAU